GCAGCCCACACACACACACACACACUAUAUAAACCAGAGACUUGCAAAUGAAAUCUUCCAACAACAAAAAAUAGAAUGGACACUUUGAGCACCAGAAGGAUAAAUGGGUGAUUUGUCAAUCGAAGGACGCUGUUGUUGUGUUUUGGUGAUAGAUCCUCUCAGGAGGUGUGUUCGAAGACGGUUUCUUUUGGCGCACCGAUGCCGGUUCUUCUGUAUCUCCUGCCUUAGCACUUGCUAAUCCAGCGGACUCGUUUGUGUUCAUCGUGCCUUUCUCUACUUUGGGAAUAUCUGGAGAACUCUAAAGCGACGCACACGCAUACACUCACGCACACGCAUAUACACACGCACACGCAUAUACACACGCACACGCAUAUACACACGCACACGUACGCGCGCGGCGUCAUGAAGUUCAAACCCAACCAGACGAGAACGUACGACGGUGAAGGCUUCAAGCAGCGAGCGGCGUGUCUGUGUUUCAGGAACGAGCGAGAGGACGAGGUGUUGCUGGUGAGCAGCAGUCGGCAUCCAGAUCAGUGGAUCGUCCCGGGGGGAGGAAUGGAGCCAGAGGAAGAGCCGUGUGGUGCAGCAGUGAGGGAGGUUUAUGAAGAGGCUGGAGUGAAGGGGAAACUGGGUCGACUCCUGGGGGUGUUUGAGCAUAACCAGGACAGGAAGCAUCGCACCUACGUGUAUGUCCUGACUGUGACGGAGACUCUGGAAGCGUGGGAAGACUCUGUCAAUAUUGGUCGGAAACGAGAGUGGUUCCCGGUAGAGGAGGCGAUAAAGAUCCUGCAGAAUCAUAAGCCUGUUCAUGCAGAGUAUCUGAGACACCUUCAGCUCAGUUGCUCCACCACCAACAACGGCAACAUCCUCUUGCCUCCUCCACCUCCCAACGACAACACAGCCCGAGCUGCAGCAUGCAGAUAGGACUACUCGCUCGCUCACUCACACUUCCUCUUUUGCUUUUUGUUUUCUUUUUUCCUCUCACAUGCAUUCCCUCCAGGCUGUAAUCUCUGGAUCUGUACACACACACACAGACAUGUUCCUGGACCCCAGAAUCGUCCAGGAUUUUAAAAAGUGCUUUUGCUGCAAGGACUUAGUUACAGAUGCCUUAAAAACAACCAUGUUUUGUUUUUUUGUUGUUUUUUUUUUUAAGCAAGGUUGUCAUUUUCUUUUAGGAUUUUCCUCUCACCGGCUUGAAUUAUUCCCAUCACCACGGCAACGACCCAUGCUCCGUGUCCAUCAGCUUUGCAGACUGAAUUACCUCAACUCCUCCCCAGAUGAUUCCUGCAUAUCCUGGGGAUUAUGGAACUGUUCUUUUGGAACUGGUGCCUGCUGUUUUAAAGGAGCCGUUUGUCUUCUUUUCUUUCUUUGUCAACAUCCCGUGCUGUCUGCGACGAAAGAUGUAAACAAAAGCAUUGCUCAAACUUUCUCUUUUCCUCCAGCACCAUUUUGUUGAAAUGCCUUCUGAGUUUAAGGAGAAGGGACUGACGCUUGGAUCUGGCUGAUGUUCUGGGCCAGAAAAAUGAAAAUGGAGGCUGAAAUGAAGAAAACUAGCCACAGCUGUUGCAUUGUGACAUAGUGACUUGCAGUUUUUCUAACACAUCUUUGCUACUUUAGGAGUUUUAGAGUUCUAGAAACACUUUUAAAAUUUACACACUGCACCUUUUAAAUGGGAGAGAAAUGGAUAAAGGGUCACAUUCGGUACUUUUUUUUUGUUUUGUUUACUCUCGGUUAUAAGUCUGUUGUUUAGUCUUGCAUUGCUAUAGAAAUCUCCUCAAUGCAUCCCUUUAAGCGCUAUCCCUUUAACACUAGUCUGGAGCACGCCAUUCUCAGAGGCGUGAGAAACCUACAACAUGAUCUUGCCACGUGAUCAGAGUGUUAUUCAGGGAGCAAUCGUAUCAUGGCCCUAAAAAUCAGCAGAAAAUUUAGCUCCGUUAGAUUUGAGCUAGUGCUAUAAGGCUAACGGGUAAUGGCGACUUUAUGACCACCGGUUAAACCGCUAAAACUCCCCCAGAGUAACAAAAUUAAUUCUAUUCAUAGCAACUGCAUGUAAAGCGUCGAAGUUUUAGAAUUCAGUAUAUAUAAACAUCAGUGCAGUUUCUCUUCCUCUGACCAAGGCCAGUGUGUUUGUAAAUAUUUUGCAGAACUGAACGUUAUUGUCAAGGUUUUUAAGUGGAAACAGAUGUAUUAACCUUUGCUGAAAUCUUUUUUUAUUACUUUUUGUUUUAAAUUUAUGAUUAUGACCGUGAUUAAAAAACAGAACUCUGAACAGCAGAGCUGAAUUUAAUUUAAAUUCCAGAACAAUAGCUGGUCUCCACUCAACCUCUCAGACCAGAAGAGGGGCAUCUAAGAGUGAAGGGUGUGUGUGUGUGUGUGUGUGUGUGUGUGUGUGUGUGUGUGUGUGUGUGUAAGAAUGAGGGAGAGAGGGGUGUGUGUCUGAGAAAAAGAAAGAAUGAGGGAGAGAGGGGUGUGUGUCUGAGAAAAAGAAAGAAUGAGGGAGAGAGGGGUGUGUGUGAGAGAGAGAGAGAUGGUUGUGUGUGUCUGUGAGAAAAAGAGAAUGAGGGAGAGAGAGAGAGGUGUGUGUCUGUGAGAAAAAGAGAGAAUGAGGGAGAGAGAGAGAGGUGUGUGUGUGUGAGAGAGAGAGAGAUGGUUGUGUAUGUGUCUGUGAGAAAGAGAAUGAGGGAGAGAGUGGUGUGUGUGUGUGUGUGUGUGUGACAGAGAGAGAGAAUGAGAGAGAGAGGUGUGUGUGAGAGAGAGAGAGAAUGAGAGAGAGGUGUGUGUGUGUAAGAGAGAGAGAGAUGGUUGUGUAUGUGUGUGUGAGAAAGAGAGAAUGAGGGAGAGAGAGGUGUGUGUGUGUUGCUGUCAUGUGGUCAGUGCAGCACUGUUGAUGAUGAUGAUGAUGAUCUUCUCUGCAUGGUGCUGAACGUUUCACUGUGUCAGUUUGUAAAUCUCCAGAUUUCUGACUGAUUCCCAAAAUAAAUGACUGGAUCCUGAACCCUAAAAUUAGACCCUCGGAGUAAAGCAUUUACAUUUCUGUUCUUUCUUUUUAUUAUGAUUAAUGUACACAAUGUGGUUAACUGCUUUCGCUUCUUCUUUUGUGAGAAAAACGAGGUAACAAACAUCAAUUGGAAAAGCAGUUAACACCGUCACAUGUCCAAGUGACCGUGUGAGAAAAUGCGGCAAAUCAGAUGUGGUAAUACAUUACCUGCAAGUUUCUCUUCCAGACAUUGGGUUAAAAUUUGACCUCAGUUCACUGUUAAACAAUUACACCUACAAGCCCAAGGCCAGGUUUAAUAUUUGGUUAUAGGUCAUUAGAAAUCCUGUCUAAUCAAAUCCUACAUGUCUGUGAUUACUGGCUCAGGAGGGCAAAAGGAUCAAGGCUUGGACUAAACUAAAAAAAAAUGGGGAACUUUUAAUCAACAUUUUCAGCAUUCGUGUGACUUUUCAUGACAUUUUCAUAAAAUGUAAAAUAUUGGUGGCUACCUGAACAAUGCUGCUAAACCCCACCCUCACCUGAUCAACUGGAUGAUGUAUUUACAUGAACAUUUAACAAAAAAAAAAAAAAACUUUCUCUGAGAGCUGUAUUUUGGUUAAAACAGAACUGUGUGUGUUUCGUCUCUGAAUCUGCCCUGCUUGUGAAUGCAAAAAUGCCUCUCUAGUGCCAAGCUUUCAGGGAUACGAGAGGAUUCUGUUUGUUCUCUUAAACUCUUAACAAACUUCCUGUCCUUCCGUACAGCCAGGCCAGCUUUCCUUCAGGAACUACUGGAGUGUUUUUCCCGUUUCUCACACAUUUUCCUUGCAAGUCGUGACCUCUUGAGCCUGGAAAAGAUCCCUCUUGUGGCCCUGAUGCUCCUUCUCUGGAGGGUUAGACAGUGUGUGCUGUGGGGAAAAAAACGUGUGUAAGCCAUACAGAAAUCUACACAUGAUUCUAUACAUCAGUGACAUCAGUGUUUCAUAUUUAUAGAGUAAUUUACUUGGGGUUUUUUGGGGUUUUUUUUUUUUUUUUUUUCUUCAGAUUAAAACUAGAGAAAGGCUUGUCUCAUUUGCUGAAACUUUUUAGUUUACGUUUAUAAAAUGGACUCAGUUGUUAGUAUGUGCUUGAACCCAGACUGUGCUCCUUUUUUUCCCUCUUAAUGCAGUCUGGUUAACUGUUUCUCUCUUCUUUUUAUGUGACUGUGUACUGAAGGAGAUUUUGAUCUGACUGCACAUUGUCUUGUAUUUCGAAACAACUCUCACUGGUUGG